AUGUUCUGUCCAAUCAGAGCGGGUCGAACGCUGGUGGGAUGGGUCUCGUGGGCUGGCACCGCAGAACCUACGGAUCUGGUCUUCGUUAUGUUCAGUCAGUGUCGGGUGGAGUCUACAUCCCAUCGCAGCUCUGCGGGGAAGGAGGAGGACUGUUUUUUUAUUAGUUUCUCAUUGAGUAUUUGUUAUCGCCGAGGCAUCGAAAUACUCUAUUAAAAUGACGACAACAACCACCUAUAAAGGAAUGGAACCUGGUUCUAAAAGCAGUUCCAGGGUACUACGACCGCCGGGCGGAACCUCCAGCAUCUCCUUCGGCACGGACGACAACUCAACCCCCCGCAAGGACAAGAUGGCCUCCAACAUCUUUGCAGAACCUGAGGACCCCCAUGCUCAUCGGAGGAACAAUCCACCCACUGGGGCAGCCGCAGGAACCAUCUGUGGGGAGCCCUCAGCUCCACUUAGACGAUGCCAGCAGCCUCUUCUCUUCCCCAAGAACCCUGAACCGGAACUGACCACCAUCCACAAUUCGGGGGCAGCCUUGGUCUGGAACCAGAGACGAGAGGUUGUGAAUGGCCAACAACCAGCAAAUGAUGAGUGUCCUGACAAUGCGGAGGUGGAGCAAGAGGAGCCAGAGCAGCACAAGGAGACCACAGAGCCCGCUGCCCCGUCGGGAGGUGCCAACGCUGCCGCCGGCGGCCGGAGAAACCCACCUGGUGGCAAGUCCAGCCUCAUCCUGGGUUGAAACCACUUGCUGUUGUUUUUCAUUCGAACGCUUUUUUUUUUUUUUUUUUUUUAAAGAUAAAUACCCCCCCACCACUCUCUUCUUCCUCCUCAUCAACUUGUCACCUUCUUCCCUUCUUCACAUGCACUCACGCUGUCACGUCCAUGGGCCCCUGUGUCCUCUCCCUCCACCCUCAAACCUUUUGUUUUGAUCCUUUUUUCUAUUAAAAGAAGAAAACUGUUGACAAAAGCACUUUAUGUAUCGCUCUCCCCCUCUUCCAUUUCAGGCCAUCCUGUAGUGCAUCGCGCCUGCUGGAAAAGGCAUGACGUUUAGCUUGUCCUUCAUUUUUCCCUGUUGUAAAUGGUAAAGGAAAAAAUAAUAAAAAAGAUUUGAUGCGUGGAUUUCUAAAUACAAUAAAGAUUGAUAUGAAUUU